AAAGCUGAUGCUACCUCGAAAUUGGUAGAGAUCACGGACUCAAAAACGGUGAUGGGAGGAGUCCUGGAAUGGAGACAGAAACACGAGGACCAGGGAUAUAUAACGCAAAAGAACGCGCACCUGGCGAAGGCAAUCAUCGCAGCCCUAAGGAAUAGGAAGGCACGGACAGCCUUCAAGUGGGUGAAAGGCCACAGGGGACAUCCUAUGAAUGAGAAAGCCGACAAGCUUGCAGGGGAAGCGGUGACUAAAGCGGGCCCAGACGAGUUAAAUGUUGUUAUUCCGCCAAACCUGAACCUAUCAGGGGCAAAGCUAUCCUGCAUGACUCAGAAGUUAGCAUACAGGGCGAUAAGGAACAUAAAGGAGGCCUCCCUACAGAGCAGGAAACGCACUGAGAGAAAUCUAGAGAACGUCGCGAGCGAGAUAAGAGAAGUGUUCGGACUUCACCCUCCUAACAAGAUGAUCUGGAAGGGGUUACGCUCACGACAUAUUACGCACGGAACACGUUAUUUCCUAUGGAUGGCAAUGCAUGAUGCUUACAUGAUUGGAGACCAAUGGCUACGCCCGAACAUGUCAGCCGAGCUGCAGGAGCGGGCAACGUGCAAAGUAUGCGGGAGUACGGAAUCCAUGGACCAUAUCCUCUUCAGAUGCGAAACAGUGGGUCAGCAAACAGUAUGGCUACUACUAAAGGACAUAUGG